GUGGAAGAGAAACAGUAGAUUCUUCUCGGAUGCAUUAUUUAAGAAAGAAGCAAUGUUGCUGAGCAGGACAGGCAGGACAGCCGCCAGCAGCAGUCAGAGUGACGGCGGCGCAUCCCAGACCCCGUGCUUCAGCUCAGGACCCUCACAGGGACCCACACACCAACAGCCAGCAUGGAAAAAGAGGGCGAGGUCCUCACAGAUGUGAUUGGAUUGCAUCCUUAUUCAGACAGGGAGAAUUUUGCUCUGAUUCAAGAGCAGAUGACAGAGCACUCUGACCUUGUGGAGACCAGAAUGAAAAAAGAGAAGAAGGAAAGGGAGGAGAAAGGUCAAACCGGUUUCUCAGAGGAGCAGAGAAGACAAGAGGAGUACUGUCUAUUGGCAGAGCUUGCCCGCAUUGAGCAGGAGCUCAGAGAAAAGUCUCGCAAAGAGCUGGAGAGACAGGAGGCCCUGGAGAGAGCGCGCAGUGAGGCGAACCGUGACAGGUGGAGGAACCUCAGCUAUAUGGCCCUCAGCCAACGCGUGAACAAGUACGUUCCCAUCCGAACGCAGGCCAUGGGUGUUCAGUUAUUUUAAGAACAUUCCCAUGCACAUUUACUGCCAGCCUAUCAGAAGACCGCCCCAGGUCCGACACCGCAAGAAGUGGCGAUAAUCAGUGUAGCCUGGACAGAGCGCUGAGCUGUCCUGCUGCUGGCUGAGGACAUGGCUGUGUGCAUCUUCAUCAGAACGGUUAUGGCCCUUUUCAAACCUGUUUGCACUCUAAAACAAAGUAGCAUUAGAAGGUUCUGCUUACUAGAAUCUUAAAAAAGUCAGAACAGACCCUCAUUUGCUUGAAUAUUGAAAAUCAUAUAAAUAGACCUAAAAUUGUGAGUCUUUAAUUUUGUGCCAUUUCCAGCUCACUGUAGUCAUUUUAUAUAUUUUUUUCUCAUAUUAAUGCAAGAUAUUUUAUUAAAUAUCAUAUUACCAAUAUCUCUGGGUCAAUAAAAGUAGUGAUUUCAUCAUAAGAACACAAUGAAGAAUGUCCUCCAUGAGUUUGUGAAAUGGACUGUAAUAAGCUGGUAGAAUAGCUAUAUGAGAAAAGCACUAUCCUUACAGCUCUGCAACAAUUGUUUUCAGCUUCAGGAUUGGUUCUUUUUCGAUUCACCAAGUACGUCGCAGUAAUGAAUAAACAAUAUUGUUUUUUAUUUCUCUGGCCUUGGUGUAAUUUGAAAAAAGCAACUCCAAAUGAACUGUUUGAAGCUUACUUUUGGGUUACAUCAAAUAAAUCAAUGUAAGCAUGUAAGUCAUCAAAGAAUCCUAAAAAAAUUAUAUUACAAGUUAUUCUGUAAGGGGAUAACUUGAGAAGUAAAAGACCCUGGAUAAACACAUUAUACAUUUUCUUUAAUCGUAAGACGGUUAGCAUAAGUAACCUACUGUAUGUGUCAACGAUAAGUCAUACAAAAAGAAGGAGAAAAAGAAUGCACACUUAAGAUGGCCGAUUUCUGUCACAGAAAAUUGUAGAACAAACUGAGCGCACACUCUCUCUACUCUAAAGAGAUUUAUUUAUGAUGAUUUAUUAAAACUAGUCGAUGUUUUGGCAAACAAGUCUUCAUCAGAAAAUGUAAUAGACAAUUAGCAACUGAAAGGUUCAAAAUAUGAAUAUGAACCUCAUUUUGGAAGCAUUGAUUAAUAUUUUAAACUUUUCUAUAAAAAUGGGCCAGUAAAAAUGAAUUAGAAUUUUGUGAUGAUUAAGUAUCCUAAAAUACCUUUUGUCAACACUCUUCCCAAAAUCAAUAAAUCUCCUCUUCUGGAUCAUCCAGUAAUCUGUGGAAUUGAAUCUCACACUUCUAAUAAAGCCUAGAAUUACCUUUUCCUUGCACCUUUGUACAUCAGCUUGUAGCGCAAUUUUACAGCACAAACUAUAUGUGAAAGAAAAGGUUUAUUAAACUUGAGAUUGAAAUUGCUCCAAAUAAAAUAAACUACUGCUGUGACUUGUUUUUAAGCAAUAAGUUUUCUGAGAAGGAGUAAAAAAUCCCCUUCCUUGCACAAAUUAGAUUACAGUAUAUUGACUCCAGUGAGGAGGAAAGCUAAACAAAAUGGCUGACAUGUCCAUUCAGCUAUAAGUGAAGAUGACAUCAACGUGUUAAUAAAUAAAUGCCUGCUUUAACAACUCUAAUGCCACAAAUGUGAAUAUGAGUUUUCUUACUUGCAUGUAUUUUUGUCAUAGGAAUUUUCAAAAUUGUCUCUGUUUUAAAGUGUUGCUUAACCAGUGUUGUGAUCUUGAUCUUGUAGUCUUUUAGAAUCAAACAUGACCAUCAAAUAUUUAAAGCAAUGGUAUAUACUUUUAUUCCAUUGCUGUAACCACAGAUAUAAAAAGAUUUGUUUGCUUUCACAAUUGCACAGAUACUUUUUAAAAUGGCAAAAUGUCCAUCUGGUGAAUUUAACAAACAUGUUUAGAGAAAAAACUGCUAGAUGUUUUUUCACAGACUUUAAAUUGACAACGUUCAAAAGAUCAGUUAUAGAAAUUGCAAUAACAGAUAUUGCAACAGAAAACUGAGUUAGUCACUUUAAAAAAAAACCCUGUACCCUCUGAUGAAUUCAGCUUUGAAUCUAUGCUUGUGUGCUUCAGAAUGGUUGGAAUACUAAUGCUGCCCCUUUUCACUCCAGAUUUACUGGAUUUAAAUGUAUAUAAAUGAAUGUUUCUUUGGUCCUUGUAAAUUAAAGACCUCACCCAUCAG